AAUUACCAACUCUCUCUCUCUCUUCUAUGGAUCUUUUGGCAAAGCCAUUCGACGGGAGCGUGAAGAGAUACUGGAGGAGGAGGAAAUACAGGCGGCUCGACGGUGACCGCAGCCGGCGCCUGCAGGUUGCUAGGCUCGGCGGCAACGCGGGCGGCCCUCGGAGGUCCUGGAAGAUCAAGAUCGCCCGGAAGCUGCGCUUAAGGACCAUCUACUACUCCCCCUUCAAGAUAUUCGUGCGGCUGAGGGACACUUACAUCAACAUGAUGGUCCGGUUGGCCGGCAAGGUUGGGUCCUUGAACACCGACAGCUUCUUUGGCGGGAAGCAAGUCCCGAAUCCCCGGAAGCCUCGGAUCGUGUACUCGAGCGAGGAGGUCGAGGCAAGGCUCGUGUACGAGAUCUACAAGGCCUUGCAAGCUUCUCGCGAGCUUUCUAAUGUCUAGGCCAUGGAGAGGAUGUGCUAAGCUUUCGCAUCUCUCUCUCUCUCUCUCUCUCUCUCUCCUCUUUUCUCUCUGCAAGUAGAUCAUGUGCUCUUCUAUGAUUUGUGUAAUGUUGCUAUGGAGCUCAUAGCGGUUUUUUUCCAGACGCUGGAGGUUGAUGGGAAGAUCUUGUAAGUGCAGUAUAUUUCUUCUGGUUUGUUCUCUAAUUAUAGGUCGACAGGUAACUUGGAUGGACUUGUCAGCGGAGCGAAAUCGUCUCCCUGCCUUAGCAAACAAUAUUUUUCUCCUGUA